AUGCCUCCACCGCUCUGGGAGAAAAUGGCCAUUUUGGAGAACAUUGGACUCUACAACUCUCCCAGUGACCGGAAUAAAUCACCAAAGUUCCCUUACACACGCCGCCGAAACCCCUCCUGUGGAAGUGACAAUGACUCUGUACAGCCAAUGAGGAGGAGGAAAACCCAUAACAGUGGUGAAGACUCAGAUCUAAAACAGAGGAGGAGGUCCCGCUCACGAUGUAACACGAGCAGUGGUAGUGAAUCAGAAAACUCUAAUAGAGAACACCGGAAGAAGAGAAACAGAGUACGCCAGGACAGUGACAUGGUUGAUUCUGCACCUCAGUGGGAAGCCGUAUUAAGAAGACAAAAGGACAAAAACCAGGCGGAUCCCAACAACAGGCGAUCCAGGCACAGGAGAAGCCCUGAUGUCCAAGCAAAAGAAGAGUUAUGGAAGCAUAUUCAGAAGGAACUUGUGGACCCAUCUGGACUGUCAGAGGAACAAUUAAAAGAGAUUCCAUACACAAAAAUAGAGACACAAGGUGAUCCAAUCCGCAUCAGGCAUUCUCAUUCCCCUCGAAGUUACCGCCAGUAUCGCCGGUCCCAGUGUUCGGAUGGAGAGCGGUCCGUCCUCUCGGAAAUGAAUGCAAAAACGGAUCUCGUACCUCCACUCCCGGUGACCCGAUCUUCAGAUGCUCAGGGCUCUGGUGGCUCUACAGUUCAUCAGAGACGAAAUGGAUCUAAAGAUAGCCUGAUUGAAGAAAGAUCUCAGACAUCUACAAGCAAUCUGGCUGGAAAACACACAGCAAAAACAAUAAAGACUGUCCAAGCUCACGCCUCAAGAUAGACUUGUUCCCAGUGAAGAAGGGUUUGGGGUGUGGGAGGGGAAGGGUGUGUGCCACUGUUACUUUGAAACUGUGAAUUAUAGAACUGUUUAAACAUCCUGGACCGGCAAGUGUUUCUUCACAAGAAAAUGGGCCUCACGCUUUUUUUUAAUAGGUGUAAAACCACAACAUACUUGUGAGAAAGGGUUGCUUUAGUAACCACAUUAAAAUGUGUUCCCAUACUGGA